AUGAGCGUGUUGAAAGAAUAUAAAUUGGUCGUUGUCGGCGGCGGUGGUGUCGGUAAGUCGGCCCUUACCAUCCAGUUAAUCCAGUCCCAUUUUGUGGAUGAAUACGACCCCACCAUUGAAGACUCCUACAGAAAGCAAUGCACCAUUGACAAUGAACAGGUGUUGUUGGACGUGUUGGAUACUGCUGGACAAGAAGAAUACUCUGCCAUGAGAGAACAGUAUAUGAGAACAGGAGAAGGGUUCUUGUUGGUGUACUCCAUCAAUUCUCGUAACUCGUUGGAGGAAUUGCAAUCGUUCUACGAGCAGAUUCUUAGAGUCAAGGACUCCGAAAGAGUGCCGGUAUUGGUAGUAGGAAAUAAGUGUGACUUGGAGAUUGAGAGACAGGUUAGCUACGAAGAAGGGUUGGCUUUGGCCAACUCGUUCAAUUGCCAGUUUUUGGAAACCUCGGCCAAGCAGAGAAUCAACGUCGAGGAAGCAUUCUACAACUUGGUCAGAUCCAUCAGAGAACAAGAAAGGGCCGUUUCAUCUAGCGAC